CCUUCCAAGCAUAUUUGCCAACCCUCCCGAUUUUCCUGGCAGAGUCACGAAUUUCCGUGCUAGGUGCUAAACAUACAAACUAACCAUAAUAAAACAAACACUUACUGUACAAUUUCCACUCUCGUUUUAUAAGCCACAAGGUUCAAAGUGGAGGAAAAAUGUAGCGGCUUGUUGUCCAGAAUUUACGAGAGGUCAGCGGCUGAUUGUCACGUACCUAAUCUUCUUGUUCGGCGGCCACUCAGGGUCGAGUAUGACUGCUUUCUUUUGUGUCCUUGUGGAAAAGGCCAAUUUCAAAAAUGUCAUUUUGAAAAAAAUCCGAUUUGGUCCACUUUGGCCUACAGCAGGGGUGCUCGAUACGUCGAUCGCGAGCUACCGGUCGAUCUCGGAGGGUGUGUCAGUCGAUCACCAGCCAGGCAUUAAAAAAAUAGUCCUAAAAAUGAGCGAUCAUAAAUCUUCACUAUGACGUCACUUUCAUCACUUGAUUGACAUUCACGGCACCCGAGGGUCUUCUGAGAUGACGCUGGCUGCUGCCAGCUCAUUAAAAUUACCGACUGGAAGGCGAGAAACACUUUAUUUCAACAGACUCUGGCGCCGUACCUGUCGUCAAAACUCCAAAGACCGACUGCACAGUUGCGCUAACAAAACGAGUCUCAGAAAGCUGGCGCGCACAAGCUAGCAAGCUACGGAGUUUGCCGACAAUGUAUUUCUUGUAAAUUGUAUAUAAAGGAGUACGGAAGCUGGACAAAUAAGAUGCCAAAAACCAACCACUUUCAUGUGGUAUUGGACAGAAAGGAGGACUUUUUUCUCCUCCAUUCGAAAAUGCGGACGUUUUUAGCACCACUGUCUGAUUCCAAUCAAUGCAAGUCAUCAGAAUCAGAAGCCCUCGGUUUGGAUCCAGCAGAGGCGACCCUCCACCACUGAAAAGAUUUGGAAAUCCUGGGGACCGUUUACGAAAGAAAAGGUGGGACCUGAAUGCACUUCCAAAAUUUGAGAAGAACUUUUAUACCGAGCACCCAGAAGUGCAACGAAUGAGUCAGUAUGACAUGGAGGACUACAGGAGGAAGAAAGAAAUAACUGUCCGAGGUUCAGGCUGCCCCAAGCCCAUCGUCAGCUUUCAUCAGGCACAGUUUCCCCAAUACGUGACGGAUGUGCUGAUGCAGCAGAAUUUUAAGGAGCCAACAGCCAUUCAGGCUCAAGGAUUCCCACUCGCGCUCAGUGGGAGAGACAUGGUGGGCAUUGCUCAGACCGGCUCAGGAAAGACUCUGUCGUAUCUCCUGCCUGCCAUUGUGCACAUCAACCACCAGUCCUACUUGGAGCGUGGAGAUGGACCCAUUUGCUUGAUCCUUGCCCCCACGAGAGAACUGGCGCAGCAGGUCCAGCAGGUGGCGCAUGACUAUGGGAAAUCAUCUCGCAUCAAAAGCACUUGUGUGUAUGGGGGCGCUCCCAAAGGACCCCAGAUUCGAGACCUGGAGAGAGGGAUUGAAAUCUGCAUUGCCACUCCGGGCCGUCUGAUUGACUUCCUUGAGGCGGGAAAGACCAACCUGGAGCGCUGCACAUAUUUGGUUCUGGAUGAGGCUGACCGCAUGCUGGACAUGGGAUUUGAACCGCAGAUUCGCAAAAUUGUGGACCAGAUCAGGCCGGAUAGACAGACGCUGAUGUGGAGCGCCACCUGGCCCAAAGAGGUGCGCCAGCUGGCUGAAGACUUCCUUAAAGACUACGUGCAGAUUAACGUCGGAGCCCUUGAGCUCAGUGCCAACCACAACAUCCUCCAGAUAGUGGACGUGUGCAUGGAUAGCGAAAAGGACCGCAAGCUGAUCCAGCUGAUGGAGGAGAUCAUGGCCGAAAAAGAGAACAAGACCAUCAUCUUUGCGGAGACCAAGAAGCGAUGCGAUGACCUCACACGUAGGAUGAGACGCGAUGGGUGGCCGGCCAUGUGCAUUCACGGAGACAAAAGCCAACCGGAGAGGGACUGGGUGUUGUCAGAGUUCCGUAGUGGCAAAGCCCCCAUCCUCAUCGCUACCGACGUGGCUUCCCGUGGUUUGGACGUGGAGGACGUCAAGUUUGUCAUCAACUAUGACUAUCCCAACUCCUCGGAGGACUACAUUCAUCGGAUCGGCCGCACGGCCCGCAGCAACAACAAAGGCACGGCGUACACCUUCUUCACGGCGGGGAACAUCCGCCAGGCCCGCGAGCUGCUCCGGGUUCUGGAGGAGGCCAGACAGGCCAUCAACCCCAAACUGCUGCAGCUGGUGGACACUGGUCGUGGAGGAGGAAGCGCUCGCCCACGUUUCCGAGGCAGCUCCACCUCCAACAACCCCAACUUGAUGUACCAAGACCAGUGCGAGCGGCGAAUGGGCGGCACCAAGGACGGCCGUGCGAGCGGCGGCCGCAGCAGCAGCAGCAGCAGCUACGGCCGCGACAGUCGAGGCGGAAGCAGCCGAGACGGGGACCGCCUGGCCUCCUCCUCCUCAUCCUCUUCCUCCUCUUACAGGGAUCGCAGCAGCAAGGACGGAGGACGCAGCUACAGCUCCGCCUCCAACCAGAGCGGUGCUAACAGUAACCAGUACAGCGCCAUGGCGGUGGGGACGGUGACAGCCCCCCCGCCUCUAAUGGGCCAGCAGUUCAACCCGACCCAGCCUAUGAUGGGCCUGAUGGCUCACUCCGCCUACCAGUUUGCUCCGCCUCCAGCGCCGCUGCCUGCGGGAAGAAAGUAACUUACACUUCAUCCACACCACACAAACUGCAUCAUUCAGAUGUUUCUAGGUGGGCCUGCUCUUUGGGGGAGUGAGUAGCGUCAUUUCCUGCUCACUUUAUUGUACAAACGUCCUGACACAUGAAACAUUUACACAGGCUUCACAGCAGCUGAGCGCUCUCUCUAGCCUCAUCCUGCGCUCUGAAGUCCUCUUCUUCAGAGAUGAAAACAUCCUUUUCACUUUCACUUUUGGUACGGCACAAUGAACACUAUCGUCAUUUCCCGUCUAAAGCAGCAUUUGAGUGUAAAUGUUUGUGUAGUGUAGUGCUUCUUCCCGUGGCUGCUUGUGCCUGGGUUUUGUCAAAGAGAAGAGACGUUUAGGACCCUUACACAUUCUUGGGGCAUGCUGGAGACGUCCUUACACCCUCAGCUGUGAUGUUGGAAGAUUACUACUUUAUUUGUCUUUUGCUCACAAAGUUACCCUCCAAAUGGGUUUCUUUUAUUUGUAUCGAUGUUGUAUAAACUGCCUUUUCCACCUUUAAUCAAAGUAUCACAAUCAGUGGGUUUUGAUCAUCUUCCUCCCUCUCCCAGGAUUGGACGUUUCACCCCAACCGUCUCACAUUUCCCAAAGCAGAUAUAAACAUCUUAAAGACGUCUUUGUCUCUCUUCUUCUUCCUCUCCUUCUUUCUUUCUGUAGCAGCGUUAGCUAUCUCUUUGCUCAUCUGAUGUUAUUUGACACCGCAAAUAAAUGCAUCAAGUCAUUA